GUUUCUCUGAGACAUUGCAUUAAUUGCCUUGUGUUAGAAAAUAUAGUGUAAUAGCCAUGAAGAGGUCAACCAGCUAUCAAUGUCUCUCUGUGUUUGUGACUGUUUUGACGUUAUGUGUUGCUGUGAGAACUCAACUCACUGCUGAUUUCUAUUCCAAAACUUGUCCUACACUUCCUCAAAUCGUCCGAAGAGUGGUUCUAAAUGCUAUCAAGACCGAAAUGCGAAUGGCUGCCUCUCUACUCCGCCUUCAUUUUCAUGAUUGCUUUGUUAAUGGUUGUGAUGGGUCAGUUUUGCUGGAUGGAACUGACGUUGAGAAGUUCUCGGCAGCUAAUUUAAACUCAGCAAGAGGAUUUGAAGUUGUGGACGCUAUAAAAUCUGCCGUGGAAAGUCAGUGUAGUGGAGUUGUAUCUUGUGCUGACAUACUUGCCUUAGCUGCCCGAGAUUCUACUCUCUUGAGUGGAGGGCCAUCAUGGAAAGUUCUCCUUGGAAGAAGAGAUGGAACGGUGUCUAGCAAAGCACAGGCAAAUAUUUCAUUGCCUUCUCCGUUUGACAACCUAGACGCAAUCAUUGCCAAAUAUGCUGCUGUAGGCCUCAACAUCACCGAUGUUGUGUCCUUAUCAGGUGGUCACACAAUUGGACUAGCAAAAUGUGCCACCUUCAGCAAUAGAUUGUUCAACUUCUCAGGAACUGGAGCUCCUGACAAUACAUUGGAAUCGAGUAUGUUGUCUGAUCUGCAAAACCUAUGUCCGAUAAACGGAGACGGAAACAAGACCACGGUUUUUGAUCGGGACUCUGCCGAUCUAUUUGACAACCAUUAUUUCAAGAAUUUGGUAAACAAUAGGGGGCUGCUUGGUUCAGACCAAGUUCUGUUUUCAAGCAGUUUGGCUGAUUCGACAACCAAAAGUAUUGUUGAAAGCUACAGCAGUAACAACAAGCUUUUCUUUGAUGAUUUUGCAAAUUCGAUGAUAAAAAUGGGGAAUAUAAGUCCACUCACAGGGUCUAGUGGAGAGAUCAGGAAGAAUUGCAGAGUUGUUAAUUCUUAAAUCAUUGUAAGGAGGUAGGGUUGUGAUUAUAAAUAAGGAUUAGUACGCAGUAAAAUGUUGCCGUUUUAAUAUUGAAGAAGAGUGAUUGGUGAGUCAUGAGCCACUAGAGCUCUUUUUAAUUACAAUUAGAGGUGUUGCUUUGUUGUCGUUGUUCUGCACAUUAAUAGAUAAACAUGCAUUUAUAUU